AAUUAAACAAAGAAACAAAUUUGGGAACCCAACUUCUCAUUGUUCUUCUUCUUCCUUCCUCUCUCUUUUUCAUCAUCCUUCUCUUUCCUAGCACCAGUCACUGUAACAGCAUUGUGGCUCGCCAAAUGUUGAGCCCAAGUUCAGAUUAGGACCUGUGGCUCACUGUUCGACAAGCUUUGGUCCCUAGUGGGGACUCUAGCUUGGUGGUUGUCGCCCCAGCGACCAGCACUUUGAUCUUGAACUCUUAUAUUUGGAUCUAGAAUUUUUCAGAUUUUUUUUUUCAAAAGUUUUUUUUGAACUCUGGUGAAGAUGAAGAAGACCAAAUGAUGAGGGAUGCUGCUACUUCAGUUCAUGUCUUAAAUUCAUAGGUGAGUUGACUGAGUCGUUUGAUGAGUUGACCUUGCAGGUGGACUCGGAGAUCCCUGACUAUCUGCAUCGAGCAGCGCAAAGAAGCUGAGGAAUUAAAAUCAUCCACGUUAUGGCAAUGACAAAUACUAGUACUGCGACUUUGAUUGUCCCUCAACUUCUAAAAAGGGGCAAUUAUAAGAGCUGGAGCAUUUUCAUGGAAGACCAUUUGAUUUCGCAAGAGCUUUGGGAUGGAAUUAUUGUUCCAUUCAGCGCCGAUCAACAGUUGUUUAGCGAAUCUGAGCGAAGAAAAAGGAAUGCUGCUGCUCUGAAUGCCAUUAAGAUUUCAUGCGGACCAGAAAGCUUUGUUCGUUUAAAGUAUACCCGUUCAGCAAAAGAUGCUUUGGAUAUGUUAGCCGAAAUGCAUAAAACAGAACCUGAAACUGAUGAAAGCACUCCAAAGGCAAGCAAUCCUCCGCUUUGGGUGGCAAGUACGAUUGUCCCUGAACUUCUAGACAGAGGCAACUAUGAGAGGUGGAGUAUCUUCAUGAAAAACUACUUAGUUUCACAAGAUCUUUGGGUGGUUACUCACCACUUGUCAACGUCUGUUGGAGUUUCGAAAAAGGAGUGGAGAAAAAAGAAUGCUGCCGCUCUGCAUGCAAUUCAGAUUUCAUGUGGAGCAGAAAAAUUUAAUCAGAUAAAGAAGAUGUGUGGGGCAAUUGAAGCUUGGUAUGAGUUGAAAAGAACAAAUAUUGAAGAAGAGAAAUCAAAAACCGAUAAUUCAGAACAUCAUGAAGAAGAAGAAGAAGAAGAAGAAACUCGGAAGAUUAAUUCUGCGAGUAUGACUAUCCUUGUCCCAGAACUUCUAGCAAGUGACAAUUAUCAGAGAUGGAGCAUCUGUAUGAAAAGCUAUUUAGUUUCUCAAGAUCUUUGGGAUGCUGUUCUAUACAGUUGGGCGCCAGCUGAAGUUGAUACAAAGGAGUGGAUUAAAAAGGAUGCAGCCGCUCUGCAUGCAAUUCAAAUUUCAUGUACACUAAAAAAAUUUGGUGAAAUUAGGAAAAACACUUCCGCCAAAACUGCUUGGAGUACCUUGAAGCAAAAACAUAUAGAAAUGCAUCCAGAAGAUGGUCCUCCCCGUGAUUUUAUUGAUUUACUGGAAGAGCAUGGUUUCCAAACUAUGGAAAGGCCUCAAUCCCUAAUUGUUCAGAAUGCAAUUAACAAAGGGGAUGUUAAUGCUGUAAUGGAAUUUUUUAAUAGAAAUCCAGGGGCAGAAAAAUUGGUAUUAUGGAUGGGAUACCCUACUCUUCAUUAUGCAACUAUUGUUGGCAAGUCAAACAUUGUCAGGGCAUUGCUUGAGCGUACGCCUGCAGUGCAAAGGGAUCCGUGGAAUAAUACAGCUCUAAGAUAUGCUGCUCGAUAUGGAAACUCCGAGAUUGCAGAAUACAUGGUUAGUAAGGAUUCCACUUUGCUUUCUAUGGAAGAUGAAGAUCAAGGAAUCCCGGUCGUGACGGCCUGUAAAGCAGGGCAUAAGGAGGUGACAGACUUUCUCUAUUGUGAAACCUCAUUCAAACUCUCAUUAAGCGAAAACGGAAAACAAGGAUUCAAUUUACUUCUCAUGUGUUUUGCUUCCAAAAGAUUUGAUAUCAUGUUUGAUGUACUUCACCAUCAUCAAAGUUUAAUUAAUGAAUAUUGGAAGGAUCUUUUGGAUGGAUUUGCCCGAUCGCCAGCAGCAUUCAGCAGUGGAAGUGGGCUAACAUUUUGGCAACGAUGGAUCUAUGAGUGUUUGAAAGUACACACACCAAGCAAUUUUUUUGUUGUUACCAUUGAUCGAGAAGAAAAACGCUUUGCAGAGAUACGAUUGCCAGGUCGACUAUGGAGAUUGGCUUCAAUCCUCCUUCCAUUCUUAGGCAUAAAGCAAACACAUGCUCUAAUGUUGAGUCAUGGCUUUGCUCGUGCGAGUCUACAUUUGAUCUGUCAGCACUUGACAAAAUUACACUUCACGAAAUUGGAGAAAUUGAUUGCACCAAGAAAAACACUCACCAGAGCGAUUGAGAAUGGCAUUAUUGAUUUUUUAAGUGAAAUUGUAGAAACUAAUGCAGACUUACUCACUACACCGAUACCAGCGGCUGAUGAUACCAUAAGUAAAAACAUUCUCAUGGAUGCUAUUGCAUUUCGUCAGGAGAAAAUUGCUCGCUUUAUGAUUGGAUUCCCCCUUGGCAAGUUACUUAUUAAUGUAUUGGAUCGACAGGAUAACAAUGUAUUACAUAUCGCAGGUAAAUUGGCUUCUCAUUCCCAACUUUCUUGCAUUUCUGGUGCUGCUCUACAGUUGCAAAGAGAGAUAAAAUGGUUCAAGGAGGUUGAAAGCCUUGUUAGUCAACAUCAAAAAGAAGCCAAAAACAGGAAUGGUGAAACUGCUUACCAAGUUUUGGCUAAAGAGCACAAGGCUUUGCUUAAGGAAGCAAAGGAUUGGAUGAAAAACUUAGCAAAAUCAUAUAUAAUUGUAGGUGCUCUCAUCAUCACCAUAAUGUUCGCGGCAGCUUUUACCCUUCCUGGUGGUAACGAUGAAGAUAAGGGAUUUCCAAUAUUCAAAAACAAAGCAGCUUUUCUACUAUACAUAAUAUCCGAUGCAAUCUCUCUGUUUGCUGCAGCUGCCUCAGUAAUAAUAUUUUUGGGAUUUCUCACAUCACGUUACAGCAUGGAAGAUUUCCAUAAAUCUAUUCCCAAGAAGUUGAUGGCUGGGCUUUCUAUUUUGUUUGUCUCUCUUGCAGCAAUGAUGAUAGCAUUUUGCUCGGCUAUUUUUCUCAUGCUAGAAAACCAAUGGUGGAUUAUCAUUCCAUCUAUGUUGCUUGCGAGCAUUCCAGUCAGCUUGUUUGCGUGGUUGCAAUUUCCUCUGCUUGUCGAGAUUUAUGUUUUAACUUAUAGAUCACCAAUUUUCAGUAAGAAAAUGUCCUAGGCAAACAAAAUAAAAGCAUUCUUCUUUGGGAAAAAGAAGAUUGAGUAGGUCUAAAUGAGUCUUUGUUUUAUGUUUGUCUUUGUUGGCACCGUAGCAACUCUAAGGUCCAUGCUUGGUUGUAAGUGAACAUUCAUUUUAUUGCCACUUUGUCUUUGUUAUGCAAUAGAAUUCUUCUGGUGCC